ACGUGGUUCCGGUGUAAUCCGAUCGUUUCAUUUUAAACAAAGGAAGUACUGCCUAGUUCAGUCAUAACAAAAGUGUAGAUGAACCCAACAUUAUUUCUGGAGGUCGUUAUGGAAUUGAAAAUUGCAUCGUGUCUGUGUUUUAUAUCCUUAUUUUGGACCAUGCGGUGCGAAGAGCUCAAAAUUCUAUGUCCAUCGAAGGAUCACCCAGAUAAAUGCUGUGCAGGAUACAGAAAGAUUAAUGGAAGUUGCACGGCAUGCAUUGGCUUCUUUGGGCAAAACUGUGAGGAGCCUUGUCCAAGUUCCAACUUCGGUCCAAAGUGCAGCGGUUUGUGUAAUUGUACUGAAAAUGAAGAAUGCAAUCCAUUUGUUGGAUGUUUUCCUAACAUAAACGUAAGUGAUAGCUACUAUCGGAGGGAUGACAAUUAUAGUCAUCCUGACCCAUUUCUUCCCUCGCGAAGCGAUAGUUGCAGUUUGUUAUUGCUGCUAGUCAUCGUACUGAGUGGAUCUCAGAUAGUGAUCCUGAUAUUCUGCGUGACAACGCUAUGUUUGAAGUGCUGUACAUUGCCGCCUCAGCGAACCAACACAUCACUUAACAUAACAGGACAAAGCAUUACCAUGAAUACGAGCAAAUCCAACUUAGAUAUGAGUGAGCUGCAUUCUGGGAAAGAAACCACUUCUAGAUUUCGUGGAAUUUUAAGCGAGACUGAAAACACUAACGGUGCUCAUUACCUAACAUUACAAGAGAGACAAAUGGAUGCAUUGCAGUAUCCAUCAAAUCAUUAUGACACUUGUUCCACAGCAGAAAGAAUAAAAAAACAUUCUGAUGAUAAUUGGAAUGUCAAACGCCAGUCUGGUAUGUACGCUUUGCCAGGUGACAGCCAUCAGGAUGCUCAGAAAACUACAAUGGUAACCUUGACCACGGCACAAUCCUCUGUGAGACCUUACAACCUUGUGGACCACGAGGCAAAUACUGACCAGCGGCAAAGUGUUCACCAAAAUAACUAUUUCACACUUAAACCGAUGUAUGCGAGUUAAAAUUAUGUACUCUUAUAUACCUACAAUAAACAAUCCGUGAUGUAUUUUUUAGGGCCAGUUUUAAUAGAAAUAUGAUUACCUACUUUUAUAGUCUUAUCCAGAAGUGUCUUAUUCAUUAAAAAAAGCCUCGUAUAAUAUUGCUUGCGGCCGUAAAAAAUCUUAUUUUCUAGUUUUGAGCCUAUAUACAUAUGUACCUAAGGUCUAACAGACACAUUGCCACCAAACCACUAUCGAUUGCUUCAUUUUUUUAAAUACAUUGACUCUUUUUUAAAAAAAAAAAUAAACAAACUUGUCUGUAUCAGUUAAAUUGUGAACAACUAAAGUUGAAAAUAUCUAAAUUAUACGUAAAUUCAUAGUAAAGAUUUGCUCGAGUAUUCUGAUUAUUGCUUAAGAUUCUUUUUUUGGAGAAUUUAGUUUACAUUUAAAAAUUAAAUGAAGUUUUUUGUAUACUUUGAAAAAAACAGCAAAUAAAAAUCCGUUGAUUUGAAAAAGAAAACAAAAGUAAAAUGCGGGUGCAACAAUAACAGUGCAUCAGUUGAUUACAUUGUCAAUUUUUUUUUUGAAAAUCGUAAAAUUCACAAAAUCAGACAAGAAUAAUUAGCUUUAUUCUUUAACCAUUGGGACCAACAAUAUGUCGAUCGUUUAUCUCCUUGAAUUUUACCUUUCAAAUAAACAUCAUUGAAACAUUACAACAGGAAAACGUCAAUCUAUGUUGUUUCUAGUACAGUGAAUAAAACAGUUAUAGAAGUUAUUUUUCUUUAUUUUGCUAAAACAGGAAUUUUAAAUUUAUAUACUCUACAUUAAAGGUAAGGUCCCAUCCUAUCUUAUCUUAUACUUCACAAUUUUUGAACAUUUGCAAUUCACUCAUAUAAGAUAAGGGCUCUUAUCAUAACAUAUGCAAUCUUAUUUUCCAUAACCAAGUCACAAUAUUUCAAGUACAUCAUUUAUAUCCUCUUUUUUUCAUCAAACAAUAUUGCCUGCUGAAAAAGUUGCAAUAGAAUCUAAAAAGGUUUACCCCACCCCUCCCACUCCUUCCCUCCUCACCAACAACGUUUAUAUGUGAACAGUCAAUGAAUCUACCUACCAUUUAACUAUUUGUUACUAAUACGGCAUAGACUUUGGUAAAGCUAGUAGGCCUACCUACACUAGGCAAAAUUGCCAACGCACCACUUACUAUUUCUUUCAUUGUUUUAGAUAUGAAUGCAACAAAGAUUAAUUUGUAUAUUAUUUUAACAGUUUAUUAUGAUACAGGAAAUGAAACAUCAUUUGUUGCAAACUUAUGGACCAGUUGCUUUGAGUACUGUUUAUGAAACAUUGGUACCCCCAUUAUGUGAUUCACAUAUUAAUAUCAGGUGUGGGCUCCAUUUGCUCAGAUAAAUGCGAUGUGUAUGUGUUGUCACCUAGUAUUUACGCGGCACUUUGGAAUUCUUGCUCGGUCCCUAACACUUCCGGUUUGUACAAAUUUCCGGUACAACCUUGCAAUUGACGUGUGGCGCCUUUAAAACACUAUGGCUACCUAAAACGAUAUUGUCUUUAUUUGAUAAGCAUGUUGCGUCAUGUUUUAGCCAUCGGUAAUCGUUAAAUUAUUAACAAUUUUUUCUAAUCUCACUAAAGGAGCAUCCUGCAGAGACCAUACCAACUGCCCUGUCACGCUCUUCUGUGGUCAAACGCGCCAUAUCCCGUCGGGUUUUUUGUG